GCUCACGCGUUCGUCGGCUUGAUUGUAGCGGCUGGCGAGCGUGAUGCGGCUAAGCUAGCUGUCAGUCAGUCAGGCACCAGCGGCUUUCGCAGACGGUUUCACCCACCGGAUGUUCCCGGACGCACCUCGUCGCCGGCCGUCUUGACAUUCCCCUCAACAUUCCCCGGACGAAUUCGUGUCGACUGACCAGAGUCCGCGAAUUCGCCUCCACCUCCUCGUCGAACCGUUCCCGUUUCGAGCUGCUUAGCUUUGCCGGCCAAACCUGAGCGCACCGAGGAACCAGGAGAGCUCCACUGAAGGACCACACCCAAGAUGUCCCUUCAUCAGUUUCUGUUGGAGCCCAUCACCUGCCAUGCGUGGAACCGCGACAGGACACAGAUCGCCAUCAGUCCCAACAACCACGAAGUUCAUAUUUAUAAGAAGAGCGCCAACCAGUGGGUCAAGACUCACGAGCUGAAGGAACACAACGGACACAUUACAGGCAUUGAUUGGGCCCCCAAGAGUGACCGCAUAGUGACGUGUGGAGCGGACCGCAACGCCUAUGUGUGGUCUCAGAAGGAAGGCGUGUGGAAGCCCACGCUGGUCAUUCUCAGGAUCAACAGAGCUGCCACCUUCGUCAAGUGGUCCCCACUGGAGAACAAGUUUGCGGUCGGCAGCGGCGCCCGGCUCAUCUCCGUUUGCUACUUUGAGUCGGAGAAUGACUGGUGGGUUAGCAAGCACAUCAAGAAGCCUGUCCGCUCCACCAUCCUUAGUCUGGACUGGCAUCCCAACAACGUGCUGCUGGCCGCUGGAUCGUGUGACUUCAAAUGCAGGGUGUUCUCAGCCUACAUUAAGGAGGUGGAGGAGAAGCCAGGCCCCACGCCCUGGGGCAACAAGAUGCCCUUUGGAGCCGUGCUAGCUGAGUUUGGAGGAGCAGGUCUGCAUCUGAAUGUUGUUUUUUCGUGUGGCUUAAACAGGCCACUAAACCCGCUCUGCUUGUCUGUCCACUUAGGAGGAGGGGGUUGGGUCCACUCAGUCUCCUUCUCGGCAUCUGGCAAUCGCCUGGCGUGGGUCAGCCAUGACAGCACAGUCACUGUGGUGGACAGCUCCAAGACUUCCACUCCUUUGCAGUUGAAGACGGAGUUCCUUCCUCUCCUCAGCGUCCUGUUUGUGUCUGAGAACAGUCUGGUAGCAGCGGGCCACGACUGCUGCCCCAUGCUGUUCCGCUGCGACGAGAGCGGGGCGCUGACGUUCAUGUCCAAGCUGGACCUCCCCAAGCAGAGCAUUCAGAGGAACAUCUCGGCCAUGGAGCGCUUCCGGAACAUGGACAAGAGGGCCACCACCGAGGACCGCAACACCGCGCUGGACACGCUGCACCAGAACAGCAUCACCCAAGUGUCUGUAUACGAGGGAGACAAAAGGGAUUGUCGCAAGUUCUGCACCACAGGCAUUGAUGGAGCCAUGACUAUUUGGGACUUUAAGAGUCUAGAAGCUUCUAUUCAGGGUCUCCGCAUCAUGUGAAGAAAUCUUACAAAUGAAGAACGAAGAGACGCCGCGAUCCUCACCCCCCAACCCCACCACCUCUUGCGGCGCAGCCAGUAACACGCAAUUUAUCGAGUGUCUGCUGAAGCACUGAUCAGACCGAAACACUCUCCUGUGGGGGUGUCAGUACACACAUACACACUCACCUGCACACACACACACACACAGAACUGAAGUGUGACAUCACUGUUGAUUUUCUUUUGUUGCUGUUGUUUGGUUUUAAGACGAAAGUGAAGCCUGGGUUGUCAAAAAGCGGGAGGAGCCUCUGGCGCGUAUUAAAACGUGACUUGUGUGUUUUUAUGUUCUCUAACCUCGAGUACCAAAAGUUCAACACUAAGCGGUGCGUUUUAUCAAAAAAAGCAGACUGAAU